CUGGCUGUAACAACAUCAGAAAACUACUGGUAGUCCACAAAAUAACUUCUGUAACGGGAGGGCUGUAAUUUUAAGCAGAGUAGACGGUAAAGUUGGCAUUAAGGCUGGCAUAUACUCCUCGUCAUUGUAGAUUGCAGGUUGAGGGGUCGUCCCAUGUGUAUGAGGAUGGUCAAAGCAUUUCGAUACUAUUUCCAACAUCCAUGGAGUCGGCUGAUUGUGGCCUAUCUGGUGACUUUCUUCAAUUUCCUCAUUUUUGCUGAAGAUCCGAUUUCGCACAGCCGGACUCCUGCCAAUGUAAUUGUUGUUGGAAACUGCUUCUCUUUCAUAGUAAACAAGUACCCUGGAGGAGGAUGGAGCUGCUUAAAGGUGCUGCUGUGGUUGCUAGGUAUUAUUACAGGCCUUGUUGCAGGAAAGUUCUUGUUCCAUCAGGGGAUGUUUGGUCAGUUACUUCGACUAAGUAUGUUCCGAAAAGAUCACGGCUCCUGGAUGGUGAUGUUUUUUUCCACUAUUCUCUUCCUGUUCAUCUUCUCUCACAUUUACAACCUGUUCCUCUUAAUCGCUGGAAACAUGAGUCCUUAUUUCAUUAACAAAUACAUGGGCAUGAGGAAUGAAACCUUCAUGAAGCUAGCAGCAGUUGGAACCUGGUUGGGAGAUUUUGUCACAGCCUGGAUGGUCACAGAUAUGAUGCUGCAAGACGAUUUAUAUCCUGGUUGGGGAAAGACUGCUCGAGCCUUCUGGAAAAAAGGGUAUAACAGGGUUGUCUUGUUCUGGUCUGUGCUGAUUAUCCUGACCAGUGUAGUUGUUGUUGUCAUCACCACUGACUGGAUCAGUUGGGACAAACUGAACCGAGGAUUUUUGCCGAGCGAUGAAGUCUCCAGAGCCUUUCUGGCCUCUUUUAUCCUCGUCUUUGACCUCCUCAUUGUCAUGCAGGAUUGGGAGUUUCCACAAUUUAUGGAAAAUUUGGAAAUCAAUCUACCUGGUCUUCCAACCUCACAUAUUCACCUAAGACUGCCUCGUUUCCAGAAGAUAUUCAAGAAAGAAUACCUCAUUUGUAUAACAGGAAAAUGGUUUAACUACGGCAUCAUCUUUCUUGUGUUGAUUUUGGACCUGAACAUGUGGAAGAAUCAAAUAUUCUACCAGCCAUUUGAAUAUGGCCAGUACGUGGGACCAGGACAAAAAAUCUACACGGUGGGUGAUCCAGACACAUUGAAAAAUUUAAACAAAACAACCCUAAACUGGGAAUGGCGAUCAACUAAUACUGAUCCACUCACUAACAGAACCUACGCCCAGAGUGACUUGCUUUUGCACAGUAGAUAUAUAGGUGCUAGACUUGGGAUUAAAUGCCUUGCUUUUAUUCCAAGCAUCUUGGCAUUUAUCUUGUUUGGGUUCUUCAUCUGGUUUUUUGGAAGAUUUCAAAAAAGUGAAUUAAUUGGGAGCAAACAAGAUAAUUUGUACGUAAAGAUCAAGAGGAAAUCACCAUCUGAAUUUAGCAAAGAUUUAAAUGAGUCUGCAGAACAUACACACACAUCUGGAUCUACAAAGGAUGAAUCAUUGAUGGCCACAGGGUCAGAAUUGGUAACAGCUACUAUACACACAACUACCUCUGCUUCCUCUGAAGGCCAGAAUACUUUCCUUGAGAAUUCCCAAAAUAACAUCAAGCAUGACACAAAGCCAGACGAAGAACACAUGUCCACAGUUCUUUCUGAUCCAUCGACAAAACAGUUACCCGACAAAUAUAUUAAUGUUUAAAUUUACAAGCACAGGCCUUAAAUGGGAUUUUACCUUUGCAUUUUUACAUGUUUAUAGAUCUUUGUAUAUGUGGUGAUACAGUCAUUUUGACUCGCAAAUUACAGAGCUAGAUUUAACAUGAAGGUGGGGGUUCUGCAGUGAAGCAGCACUCACUUUUAUUUUUAAAGAAUGCAUAAUAUUGUGCCUACAUCUAGACAUUCCUUUAUGUCUUGCCUUUUGCAAUGGCACACAAUUUAUGUCCCUGCUGUAUUAACGUGUACAGUGAUAUAGUAUCCAUCUCUAACACACAGAUAAAGUGAUAAAUACUGUACUAGCUGUGCCUUGAGAAGUUUCAUUUUGUACUGUUGUCUCAAGGAUUUUUUACAGGGUGUUUGAUUUCCAACUUCACAAAAUAAAAUAUUAGCAAUUCUUAAUGCUCUAAAGAGACCACUUGCAAGGCUGCUGGACUUUUACAUGUAAUGCUGGGUUCUUCUAAGAUUGAUUUUGCCACUGCAAGUGCUCCAAUUGUGAAUAUGUGAUCCCAAUGCUUAAUUGGUGAUGGCGCAGAUAAUAUUGACACCUGAAUAGCACAUUAGAGAAGCAGUGUUUUUUUAUAAUUAUGGUGAAUUGGCUGCCUGCCAAAGAAAGCGGUGAAGGUGACAAAGAGGAGACAGUACUGCUGUAUAUGGAUCACUGUGUACAAAGAGGAUAUAUUUCACAAUCAAAAUUACAUUGCAUACUGUGUACUAAAGCACAAACAUCUGACCAAUUAUGUGUAUAAAAAUAAUAACUACCUACAGAUGUCGAAUA